CUGAUGAGUCCCUUCUUCCCCAAUCUCUCUAUAAAUACAACAUCAAACCCUAACAUUUUUUCUUCAUACAAAAAUUAGAUUCAUCUUCUCAAAUCAUGUGCGAAAGUUUCAAACUCAAGUACCAGUUGUGCGAAGAAAUCGGCCGUGGUAGAUUCGGCGUCGUCUACCGUUGCUUUUCUCCGAUCACCGGCGAAUCCUACGCCUGCAAAUCCAUCCAGAAGAAUCUCCUCCUCGACGCCGCCGACCGGGAGUGCCUCGAGAAGGAGGCCAAGAUCCUCCACCUCCUCGCCGGAGAUCCGAACAUUCUCCGGCUGAUCGACGCCUACGAGGACGAGAACUACCUUCACAUCGUCACGGAGCUCUGUACCGGAGGGGAUCUGUACGAGAGGCUGGUUGGCCGGGGGCAAUUGUCAGAGCCGGAGGCUGCCGGGAUUUUCCGGCAGCUGAUAACGUCGAUCGGACACUGCCACCGCGCAGGUAUCGCUCACCGCGACGUGAAGCCGGACAACGUGCUGUUCGAUUCUCAGGGGAAUCUGAAGCUCGCGGAUUUCGGAUCUGCCGAGUGGUUUGCAGGGUACGAGGAUCGGAAGAUGACCGGAGUGGUGGGGACGCCGUACUAUGUGGCGCCGGAGGUCUUGAUGGGCAGGGACUACAACGAGAAGGUGGAUGUGUGGAGCGCGGCAGUCAUUCUGUACAUAAUGCUCGCGGUAACGCCGCCCUUCUACGGGGACACUCCAUCCGAGACUUUUCAGGCCGUUCUAAGGGCGAAUUUGAGAUUCCCACCCAGAAUAUUCCGGUCAGUCUCGCCGGAAGCUAAGGAUCUUCUCAGAAAGAUGAUGUGCAAGGAUGCUUCUAGACGCUUGUCUGCAGAUCAAGUACUGAGGCAUCCAUGGGUGAUCAAUGGAGGAGAAAUGGGAGAUCAGACAUAGGCUCCAAGAUUAUGGGAAGAAAGAAGAAAACUUGUGUACAGAGGACCUACCACUCCGUUUAAACUCAAAAUAUGCAGGGUAAGAAGAUGAAGAUGAAGUGAUGAAGAAUGAGAAAACCAAACAAGUUCAGAACUUUUUUUUUGUCUUUAUAUCUGAUCUAGUUGGGUCUUGAGGCUGCAGAAAACAGACUAGAUUGGUGUGCUAUAUGUAUUUCU